UGCGACAUUCGUUGGCGUGUUAUUUUCCAAAAUGGCGUUUGCUUUUUGCCUUUGCUUUGAUACUUUUGAUAAUUGAUUACCAAAGCGAAGGAGACCAAGCCCCAAUUAUUUAUAAUUUUCAAUCGAAAUGUUGGAGUUGUUAAAGCUUUCCCAAGAAGCCAUUGCAUUGGUUGAUUGAUGGACAGUGACUGUACCAGCUCUAGCUACAAAAGUAACCCCUUUACACCAUGGCAAACUCUGUUUACAACAUUUCCGAUGUGACAGACGAGGCCCUAAAGGACAAUUUAAUGAUGUUAAUCGGAGAAGAUGGAACAGUUACGCCCAAUAGAGAGGUUGUAGAAGAAUACUUGACUUCACAGAGUUGUCAUUUACAAACUCACCCAAGCCAAGCAUUCAAGUUCAAGAGAAAGUAUCCCCUUUCCCCCCAAAUGGAGAUCCUGAGUAGCUUCAAUGGUGAUGAAAGCCGAGACGUUCCUACACACAUUCAAAUAAUAAACCUGCGGGACUCUCAACUAAAUGAAAGCGGUGAAAUGACCAUCCUCACAGAAAAAGUUACAUAUUAUCCAGAAAGUAUGAGGGUCGAACAAGAGGAAGAUGUGGUCGCAGAAGUUGAUGAGUCUUAUGAUGUAGCUGCUAAUCUCUCCAGUAUUAAACUGGAUCACGAUUACACUUCUCUAAUUGAACCUCUACAGGAGGAAGAUGACCUUGCAAAAACGAUGAAACUUCUACAUGAUGAAACACCCUCUAAGACAUCGAUAGCAACACCCAAAAAAACCAUAAAUAUAAUUUCAAAUAUUACGAUUCCUCCUAAAAAUACUGCUAGGUAUAUUAUUACCAAUGCUGGUAAAUUGGUGCCUAUAACAGCAGCAUCUGUUGGAGUGCCAGAUGAGUCCUUGAAAAAAGCUGAACCUGAAAAACCUAAAGCAACAGCAAAGACAUUGCCUUUGUCACCGAAAAAGACAAAAACAGGUCCACCGACAAAGAAAACAUCGUCCCAAAUUGAACAAAUUGACGAUGAGGAAGAGGAUUCUGACGAGAACCCACUUAGUGAAGAAGAAGAUGAAGCUGAUUCUGACGCAGAAGAAGAAGAAUCUGAUGAUGAAGAUUUUGAUCUGGAAAUGGAUGAUGACACAGAUGAUUCUGAUUUUGACAUUACACAAGAAAUUACUGGCAAAAAAAACAAGAAGAAAGAUACAAAAACACAGGAACCUUCUAGGAGACCCACUCGAUUGAGGGAACCUGUUAGAAUGCCAGCACCGCCACCGAAAAUUUUUAAAACUUACAAACCCUCUAGAAUCAGAUUGGUUGUGCCCAAAAAUGUUGAAGCUACUAGCACGGCUCUCCCAGUGACUCCAGUAGUCACUAGCACAGCGCAACCUGUAGUUCCAGUAGUCACUGGCACCUCGCAACCAGUUACUCCAGUAGUGAAAAAAGACCAAAAGAUCACAAAACCAGUUGAAAAACCAACGACUGCAGUUAAACUUGAAGAAAAACCACCAGAAACUGACCAGAAAGUUGAAAAAGAAGAACCCAAACUUGAAGAAAGCAAACAGCUAGAAAAGAAAACACCUAAAAAGAAAAAGGACCCUCUCAAAUCUAUUCCUGGCGAUUUUGCUUUAUUCUCCACUCCCGACAUCAUAAGAAAAGUGGCUGGUAAAGACCCAGUUACGCCUGAAGCCAUUGCAACUACAAAACUAAUAAAAGACCCGAAACCUCCUAAAACUGACAUCCCUACGACACCAAAACCAGCAAAAAUCUCGCAAGAAUUUCGCUCCAAGUCCACUAUUACUGAAUCACCAUCGGACUCUUCAAAGAAGAUCACCAAUAGGUUGAGUUUGGAUGAAAAAAAUCAACAAAAGAGCGAAAUUAAAAAUAAAGAAAGACGAGAGAGUGUUGAUAAAUUGAAACAUUGCAAAUCUGAAGAAAGACAGAGUAGUGGCAGUCAAAGAUUGUCAGAAACUGAAAAAAAUCAUAAACAUAAACUGAAUCAAAAAAGUGAUUAUUUAAGGCAUUCUAGACAUUCUAGUGAGAGCCAGGAAGUAAUUCCUAGUCCCGCUGACAUAAGAGCUAUUAUUAUGAACGAAGACACUAAAACCUUCACAACGGACACACUACUGAGUCCUGAAGCUUCAGUUCACCAAGAGUCUGCGAUAAAUCUAGACGAAUCAGGUCUGGAAUUGGAUCAGUCCAUUUUGGACAACAUCAACAGUGACAUGAUUUCCGAGGAUAUUUUGUAUCAAGUUGCGAAACAGCUUGUGUCAAAUACUGAGCUUCAAAACGCUAUUGAUAAAGGGAUUAAUGAAGGUGUUUUGGAUACUAGUGGCAUUGAUAUGUCAGAGGUGACGCCCAGUGUUGAUAAAUCGUUUUCGGAACAGAACCAAAGCAACAUAAUCCAAGAGGGCAAAGAAAUUGUUAGGCCCGACGGUACGAUUCUUAAACUUCCUCCCAUCGAGCGACCAACAACGAGAAGCAGAAAUAAGCGAACUCCGGCUUCCACUCCAGCCAAACCAGGCCCUACACCGAAGCCAUCAUUUAAAACCAGCCAUAAACCAUUGGACACAGAACAUGUUUCUGGAAACGAACUAAGCUCAGGCGACGAAGAAGAACAGUCGGAAGACGAUCCCAACAAAUUGUGGUGUCUUUGCAAUCAACCUCACAACAACCGUUUCAUGAUUUGCUGUGACACGUGUGAGGAGUGGUAUCACGGUCGGUGCGUGGGCAUCACCAAAGCGAUGGGACAACAAAUGGAGUCAGAGGGCAAAGAAUGGAUGUGUUUGUUUUGUAAAGAUUCUAAAUUGAAACGACCACUGCCAGCCCAAAAAAGAGUCCGCAGAGCGUCACGCCAUUCCCGUCACUCUACAGAUAGCAGCAAUUCUGCUAACACCAGUGUAACGGAAAAACCAGCUGCGGCCACUCCGAUGCCAUGCGUCGUUUGUCAGAAGGCUGCUAGGAAAAAUUCGAUUUAUUGCUCGGAGCCUUGUAUAUUGGCGCAUGCACAAAAAAUCGAAAAGGUUGUUGUCAUUGAAAAAUCAUCUGGCAAAAUGCUGAGCGGUAGCAAAGCACCGACUGCUGUCAACCUCGACCAGUGGCUCAAGGAACAUCCAGGCUACCAAGUGGUCAAAUCAGGUGGUAAAGUUGCCACAUCAAACAUCAGCGCUCGCCCACUAACCCAAUCCAAAUUGAAAAUAGUCAAAAAUACAAACAAUCAUGGCGUCUCUUUAGCGCUGCAACAAAAAGGUGUCAACGUAGGCGUGCUCAAACACUCUCCCAAACACCCUCAACCGCAAGAAACUAAAGCGGCGAAAUUCUACAAAGUUUUCCAAAGAGAUCCCAAUUCCAAAGUGAAACUUAUACAACCGCAACAGAUGAAACCUAAAGAGGUGUCUACACCAUCGCCUAAAGCUAAAGUUCAAGUGCAAACUUUACUAACGCCCAAACUUACACCAAAGACUCCUCCUGUUCAGACUCCCAAAAAGACCCCAGAUUCUGCAAAGCAGAAAACUCCUAAAUCCAAGCAAAAGGACGAUGCUCCAACACCACGCAAAAAAGAAGAUAUUCGGGAUAAUGUUAAAAAGACGAUUUUUGAACAGUUGACUGUUAGGUUGAAGGGAAACGAUAUUAAAUUGACAGAGGAAGAGAUUAGAAAUAUUUCCAUAGAGAUUGAGAUGGAAUUGUACAAAUGUUUUGGAGACACUGGACAAAAAUACAAAAACAAAUAUAGAAGUCUUAUGUUUAAUGUUAAAGAUCCAAAAAAUCAAACAUUAUGGAGAAGGAUUUGUGAAAAAAGCAUCAGCUCAUACGAAUUGGUGAGAUUAUCUCCUGAUGAUAUGGCCAGUCAAGAAUUAGCAAAAUGGCGAGAGCAAGAGGCCAAACAUCAAUUGGACAUGAUUAAAAAAUCUGAAAUAGAGUUGCUCAAUUGCAACAGGCAAUAUGUGCUGAAAACACACAAAGGCGAAGAAGUAUUGGAAGAUAACCGUCCAGGCAUCAAAACGGAUAAUACUGCAAUUAUAAAGAGCCUCACUGAAGGAACUGCUUUAGACACAGGUGUGGACGCUAAACGCGCGAAAUCCAGUCACAAAGACAAGAGCAAAGAAAAAGACAGGCAUUCGAGUAAAGACAGAAGAGAGGAAAGAAGUAAAAAAAGGUCGAGAAGUAAAAGUAAAGAUAGGACAAGAUCUGAAAAAAAGAAGAAACGUAGCAGAUCUAGGAGCAGAGAUAAAAGUAAAGAUAGAGAAAGAAAUAGAGACAGACAUAGGAAAUCAUCGUCGUCUAAUAAAAGUUCCAAACACAAAAAGCCGUUAUUAUGUUCAACUGACACUUUGGAUAAACGUUCCAAGGAAAUUUUAGAACAACUUAAUCGUAUCGUGCCACCAGUUGAAGAGAAAAUAUUGAAACAAGAAGACAUUCUCCCAGAUCCACCAGCUACAAUUGAUAGUGAAAGUGAUCACGAAGUGCCCACUUCCACAGUGACUAUUCCCACUCCGCCACGAGUUACAGACAUUGAAGAAUUUUCUUCCGAAGAGUCAAAAACUCCAAAAGACGACGAAGAUUUGGAAGAAGACGGCGGAUUAUCGCCACCACCGAAAAGUACUCCUGCCACAGUCUGGUCGGGUACUAUCGAAAUGAACGAUGUAGUGUCGAGGGUAUCUAUUACUGCUCAUGAAGUGUCAGGCGAUUGUACGGGACUAGGCCAAGAACUCGCAGAACGUCUAAAAAUUGUCGGAAGAAUAUCUCCGGCGAUUGCGUGGGAUUACAUAGGCCAAAUGCGCAGCUCCAAUACUAAAAUAAUUUCUUUGAUAAGGCUUAAAGCUAAAAAUAUCGAGGAACAAAUACUUUAUAUGACUUUGUACAGUUACUUGAGCAAGAGAAAUCGUUUGGGAGUGGUGGAAUCCACCAAUAGAUCUAUAAAGGACUUUUAUAUUUUACCUUUACCUGCACAGAAACCUAUACCUUUAUCACUUUUGCCACUUAAUGGACCCGGUUUCGAAGAGGCUAGACCAGCCCUACUCCUAGGCAUCAUCGUGAGAGAUCAACGGAAACGUUCCAUUACGGACUCUCUGCCUGUAGUCACACCUCGAAAAAAACACAAAGUCGAAGUUCACGUCAAAGUUUUGCCUCCAAGGUCCUACACGCCGCCGCCGAUGCCUCCAGAUGUGGCGCCUGCGCCUCCGCCUCCCUUACCACCACUACCACCCAUAAAGACUGAAUCAAGGUUAUUAGCUGAGUUGCCAGUGUCUCCGGCAGUAUCGUCACUUUUAUCGCCUUCAAUAUUAUCAUUAGUGAAUUCUCCAAAAGGUAGUCCCACAUCGGCGAAACUAGACAUGCCUAAAAAACCAGUUGCUGCAGAUGACGAUGAGCCUUACAGUCCUGAAGAUUCGGACCCCGACACUCCCGACACAACAGCACCCGACACAGUCUCACAGACAACCAUUUCAACAAUGAUGUCAUCAGAUACAACCACUUCUAGUAAUUAUUCAACAAUCCCGGGUCUCGGUGAAGGUAUCCUACCAACAAAACUGGACAUGCAAAGGCAAAUGGAGGAACUCAAUAAACAAAUUGAACAGCAAAAAUCCGAAAUAACCAGCAUCACGAAAAAUAUUGCCACUUCCGCCGAUUCAGAAAUCGUCGGUUCAGCAUUGGCCAGCAUCGCCUUGCCCAGUAACCUCCAACAAAUUUUAGACAGCAUCAAAACUAUCAGUGGAGACACUGUCAGCAGUGAUUCUUCGUCUUCACAGUUGGUUCCUCCGCCAGAACAGGAACUUACGAUACCACUUAUAAUCCCGAAAACCUUCUCAAGACCCAUAAGUGAGACCAUACCUUUGAAUUUACCGACCAAAUCAAAACUUGUUUCGAACGAAUCGUCUUCAAGUAGCGUCUUGAGUUCACUAACCGAAGCAGAUUUGAUUAAAAAAGCAAACGAAAUGUUAGAGGACGAAGGGAAAGACAGUAAAAAGAAAGUCGUACCCAAAACGCCACCGCCGCCAUCUUUAGUGAGUUUUUCCAUUGUGAAAAAGUCAAAAUUAGACGUUAAACUGCCUCCCGUGCCUGGUAUUGACGAUUGAAGUGUUGAAUAUAGUGAUUAUUGGCUGAGGAAUAAUUAGGAUUCAGAUUCAUGAAUCAUAUUGUGUAUAUGAUUUUUAUUAAUCUAAGUGAAUUAUGGUUAAUAAUGACCUAAAAAAACAAUUACAUGAUUGGACAGUAUUUUAGAGAAUGAAGCAUAUUGUGUAAAUAAUAAUUAUUAAUCUAAGUGAAGGCAUUAAGGUGAAUAAUGCCCUAAAAAAAACAAUUGCAUAAUUGGACAGUACUUUAGACAAUGAGUUAUUUUUAAAAGAAUAUUUGGGGUAUUUAAUUGUUUAACAUUAUAUCGCAUUUACUUAGUUGAGAGUUAGGUAUUGAUUGUUUUUUUUUUAAUUGUAAAUAUACUAGAUACUUAGUAAGAAGUGCAAUGGUUUCAAUUUAUUAAAUAAUUUUUACUGCCUGAGGAACAUGAACUAACCAAAAACUGUAAUAAUUUAAUUUCAAAAUUAUCAUUAUUAUUAUAAUUUAUUGUAAAUGAACAUCUAUUUGCAUUACCUCAAUUUAACGAAGAUGCUACGAAAAUAUCAGGAAAAAAUUCAGUCAGCUCAGUUAACACACAUCUCAACAUGAUAGAGCGCCGCCUCACAACACUUGUGCUUAUGCAAUUUCUUGGAUUAGUGCUUUCCCAAAAAAUUUAUCGGCAACCAAGAAGGUUUUUUCCUCUGCAAUAGUACUAAGUCGCUUCAAUGGAGUGAAAUUUAUUUUGGAAUUUCUUUUCAAAAAAGCCAAGAAGAAAAUAACGAUUCUGCAAAAUGUCGGAAGGUAAAUUAGAUGCUAUUUAUACUAAUCCACUUGCAAACUGGAAAACUUCUAACGCACGGGCCAAAGUCACAUUUUAGAUUGUUACACCAUUUGCUUUAUGUACAAAAUAAUAAUUAAUUUAGGUUUCUAUAUAAAUUUGUUUUAUUUGAAAACAAAUCUUCUGCUGAGGAGGUGAAGCUACACUUGCAAAGUAGUUCUAUGGACCUUGGGUGUUCUACAGUUAAUACUGAUUAGAACACCUUGACUGUCCC